AUGGCCGUGCUUAGAAUGGACUGCCACCGUACGCGGCUCUAUAGGUCCAAGUCUGGGUUGCUUACGCGCUGCCUCUGCAUCGGCAGUCUGUCUCUCUUGCUUCAACUGGGCUUGGAGAUGACGCAGGAGGCCUUCUGCGCAGGAGCCAUCUCGGCACCCGCGCGAUCUUCAAUAGCAAUGUCGGCGCAGGAGACGGCCCAAAAUGACCCCGCGCUUGAGCUGCGGCAGAAGCUGACGAAGCUCCUAGGAAGAAAGCCGACAAACAGAGACCUCGUCUGGCGAUAUGAAGCAUCGAUUGAGCUGCCUUGCUUGAAGAACUUCACAACGACCUUAGAGGGCCAGGUGAAGAGAUCUGGCAGUAGCUUGGAACAAUGCAAGAGGAGGGUGUCCUCGGCAGUUUUGGCAGCUCUGGACUUUGAAAAGCUGAGCGCAGAAAGCGGCGUGGACUUUGAAAAGCCGAGUGCUGAAAGCCAGACCGCAACGAAGACAACGAGUGCUGAAAGCAAAACCGCAGCGAAGACAAAGAAGAACAAGACGGCCAAGAAGGCACCAGGAGCAUCCAAGUUCCAAGUCGGUGACGAAGUGGAAGGAACUGUGACUGGGAGAUAUGGGAAAGGGCUGGUUCUGCGGAUUGAUGGAGUCAAGGCCGUCCUGCCUGCCAGCGAGAUCUGCGAUGGUUUCCCGGAAGAUGUCCCAGCAAAGAACUCCACAAUCAAAGUUCGCGUGCUGCAAACCAACAACACGUUUAAAGUCUCAUGUCGUGACAGCGGCGACAGGACAAAUUAUGAAGGGCUAAAGGUCGAUCGCUCCAUCAUGGACAAGCUAGCGAUUUCUGAGAAGGUGGACGCCGAGGUCAUCGGCUUUGACUUCCAGAAUGCCUAUCUGAGAGUUGUGAGUCCUUCUGAUCCCAGCAAGGUGACAAUUGCAGAUCUGGCGCGCAAGGACUUUGCAGAAGGUGCAGAGAAGGAGCUUCGGGUUGGCAGCAAGAUUCAAGUCCGGCGGAAGUAUGCAGCAAGGACUCGGCGAGUGGUCGUAAGCAUGCGCGAUCCGAGCAGACGACCGGAAGACAUCAGUGUGGGUGACGAGCUGCCUGGGACCGUGGACAGCAUUCUUCGAGGUCCGCGACCGGCAAUCUUCCUGGACGUGGGGGUUGACCGGCCUGCUUACAUGGACUGGCAGGAGUGUGGAGACGGCCACGAUCGAAGAGCUUUCGAAAAGCUGAAAGUCGGCACAAAAACUUCCGUUCGCGUGCUGAAGGUGGACGGCGAGCGGAUUUAUGUCACCAGGCGAUCUGGCGACUUGUAUCGUCGAAGCCUGGACGGCGACAAAUUACGGAGAAACACCCCUGAGCUUAUGUCGAAAUUUAUGUCAAUCGGUUCGGACCGUGAUCUUGGCGGCGAAGUCUUUCGCCUUUAUCCAACGCAUGCCGUGGUAGCAGUCAAGUCACCGGAUGGUGAUGUGGCAGAUGGGUUCUUGGGAAGAUCUGAUUUCAGUAAAUCCUUUAGGCAAGAGGCUGCUCCGGGACUGGCCGUCAAAGUGCGCACACUACCUGGACAGAAUGCGACGGGGGCGCACGUCAUGUUGACGAUGCCAGAUGCAGCCGUGGAGAAGCAGGAUGACACGGAGCCAGCAGAUGUGCUGCCCGAGACAGAGACUGAAACAGAGACUGAAAGUGAGCCGGCGGAUUCAGCGGAGGCCGCACCCAGUGAGAAACCGGAUGCAGGUCCGCUCGAAGGCUUGAAAGACUUCUUGAUGCGUUGA